AUGGCUCUCAACCACUCCUUUCUUGCAUCCUUGUUACUUUCAUUUGUGGUCAUCGCUUCUGCAAAUAACUACUACGCUUAUAGUACAUCGCCAACAUAUAAGUCAUCAUCGUACAUACCAUCUUCAUACUACUCUCCAACUCCGAUUUACAAAUCUCCAUCUUAUAUACCAUAUCCUGAAUAUAAGUCUUAUUCUCCAUCUCCCGUUUAUAUGUCUCCAUAUCCUGAAUACGAAUCCCCACCUUACUCUCCAUCCCCUGAAUAUAAGACUCCAUCCUAUUCUCCAUCUCAUGUUUACAAGUCCCCAUCUUACUCUCCAUCACCCGACUAUAAGUCUCCUUCGUAUUCUCCAUCACUAGAGUACAAGUCUCCGUACUAUUCGCCGUCUUCGGAGUAUAAUACUCCAUAUUACUCCCCACAAUCAGUUUAUAAUUCUCCUUACUAUUCUUCAUCCCCAGUUUACAAAUCCCCUAAAUACUCUCCAUCUCCCAUCUACAAGUCACCACACUACUCACCAUCUCCGAUAUACAAGUCUCCAUACUACUCCCCAUCACCAGUAUACAAGUCUCCGUAUUACUCACCAUCUCCAAUCUAUAAGACUCCAUAUUAUUCACCAUCACCAGUCUACAAGUCUCCAUAUUAUUCUCCGUCACCAGUAUAUAAGUCUCCUUACUACUCCCCGUCUACUGUUUACAAGACUCCAUACUACUCUCCAUCUCCCAUCUACAAGACUCCCUACUAUUCACCAUCACCAGUAUACAAGUCUCCUUACUACACCCCAUCUCCUGUAUACAAGACUUCAUACUACUCCCCAUCUCCCAUCUACAAGACUCCAUACUACUCGCCAUCACCAGUAUACAAGUCUCCAUAUCACUCACCUUCCCCUAUUUAUAAGUCCCCAUAUUACUCCCCAUUUCCUGUAUAUAAAUCCCCCUAUUAUUCUCCCUCACCAGCAUACAAAUCUCCUGUUUAUAAGACUCCAUACUAUUCUCCCUCUCCCGUUUACAAGUCUCCAUAUUACUCCCCAUCACCAGUGUACAAGUCUCCAAAAUACUCCUCAUCUCCUAUCUACAAGUCUCCAUACUACUUCCCAACACCAAUAUACAAGUCCCCAUACUACUCCCCUUCACUAACUUACCCUGAAAAGCAUGAGUACACUCCAUCACCUAGCUACUACAAAACGCCCAAGUACUCUCCUUACUACAAGCCAUACUCUCCUUCACCGAAUUAUUACAAUAAACCAGUCUAUUCUCCAUCCCCUGCCUAUGAAGCGCCAGUUUACAAGUCACCAACUUAUUCUCCGUCUACGGUCUAUAAAACUCCUGAUGGCUACUAAUUUAUGCACUACUAAACUAUAAUUGAUUACUUUUGUAUCACUUUAUUUUCUUUGAUUUUUCAAAU